UCGCCUGCCGCAAAAACGCGCAGAUAGGCAAGAACCAUGGCGGCGGUACUAUUGGCAAAGUUGUGUUUCCGCUGUGUCAUACGCUUUUCUGACCGAGAGUACAUGCGCUGAAGGGAAUAAGUUGACGGGAAUUGAACAGCGAGAAAAAUGAACCACUGCAGUGAAUCUAGCAAUGACUUGGAUGAAGGCGAUGAAGAGGCGUCUUCUUUGCAAGAUGGAGCAAACAUUGAGGAUGCCUUAACGUCUUUCAGGGAACAGUGGCAGCGAGAGUUGACAAUAUCACCUAAGCGUGAUGUACCAAGGACAUAUUCACCAAAACAGCCUAGUAUCGAGGUCGCAAACGACGAAGCCUCUAUUGAAAACAGGGCAAAGAAUUUAUUUCUCAAAGGUAUUGAACAUGAACAAAGUAGAAAGUUUUACGAGGCAAUCCAGUUUUAUAAGCGUGCUGUACAAUUGGUUCCUGAUAUCGAAGUUCGUUUAUAUGAAUCAACCAAAGCGAAAACAAGAGACAGAUUUGAUGCUGAUGACAACCUUGAUACAUUAGACAAUGAUUUUUCAACUAGCAAUGACAGCGAAAAUUAUAACGGAGCUGAUGAAGAAGAAACUGACUUGUUUUUGAAAUUGUCUAAAAUUGUAAAUUGCAAUCAAUGUGUAUGUUUUCCAAAAUUUGAACAAAGUACAACACAUAUAUCUGCUUUGCCAAUGGAAAUAGUGCUUUACAUUCUAAGAUGGGUUGUAUCCUCUGAUCUAGAUUUCCGGUCGUUAGAAAUGUUUUCGAGAGUAUGUCGUGGGUUUUACAUAUCUGCGCGAGACGCGGAAAUCUGGCGAUUAGCUUGCGUUAGAGUAUGGGGGGUGAAGUGUGGUACUUGUGAGUCGAAAUACCAGUCAUGGAGAGAUAUGUAUUUGCAACGGCCUAGAUUAAGAUACAACGGAUGUUACAUUAAUAAAACAAGUUAUAUUCGUGAUGGAGAAAAUAAUUUUCAAGAUCGUUUUUAUAGACCAUGGCAUCUCGUUGAAUAUUUCCGGUACCUGAGAUUUUUUCCUGAAGGAAGAGUUUUGAUGUUGACAUCAACUGAUGAUGCUCAAAUUUGUGUAAAUUCCUUGCGAAAUCGUAUACCGCGCAAUACAUCAGUUCUGAUUGGUCACUAUAGAUUACACAAUAAUUAUGUUACACUGGUGCUGAAAAGGCAAGAAACUAAAGGAAUUAAUUUUGCCUAUAAACGAAAAAAAAGAGAACAAAUACAUGAUAGUGGUGAACAAACGUUUCAUAUUGAAUUCGAGAUACAGAAUCAUCACAGAAGAAUAAAUUCCCAAUUAAAGUGGAUCAGUUAUAGUAUUUUCACGAAAUAUAAAAAUGGACAAGAAGCAAAAAUUUGUUUGAAGGAACCAUCUGUAAGAGAAUUUAGAGCGUCGCCGAUCGGCGGCAGAUAUCCACCUCUUAAAUUUAGCAGGGUAAAGAGUUACACUCAGGAAAGCGAAGCUCCAUUGCAAUAAUGAGAGCGGCAACAAAUAAAUUGUGUGAACCAUAUAUAUAAGAGUACAACAUUGAAAUAUUCUUGCAGGAAAAAAAUAGUGAAUUGCUGCAAAUGGUAUAAACAUGCAGAAAUCUAAUUUCAAUUAAUUAUAUGUAGUAUAUAUUUUCGAAGAUAUUUUAUUUCUCUUGUAUCGCGUUGUAUUUUUUACAACGAUUUCUAUUAGUAUAUUAUACAACCUGUAAAUCACAACUACUUUUUUAAAUACGUUAGUUAUGUCGAUAACAACGCAUUCUCAAUCACAUGGAGAUGUAAAUAAAAAUUAUUUAUAUAUCUAAUAUAUAAUUAUUAAGCAUAUAAUAAUUAUUUAUAUUAUUAUACAAUGAGUUGUAUAUUUAAGAACCUAAAGAAAUAUGUAAUAUUCAAGAAUGAAAUUAUAUAGGUUUUCUGUUAAACUUUAUUAAUUAUUGCUUAUUUUUAACAUGGUUAAGUUUGACGGCACGUAUUAAUUGAAUAAAAUCCCGUAUAACAAACUUGUAAAAUUAUACAUAUAAUAAAUUUUUCGGGCACAAAUAUUGCAAAAUUAAUAAUUUUGUUUACGUAAUCUAAAUAUAACUAUAUACAUCCACCUGUGGCGUAAAAUGCAAGAUGUAUAUGUUAAUUCGACAUUGGAAAUGAGAAGUACACGUUCGUACUUUGCACUAUAUUAUAUUACUCUUUUUGCUACUAGAUAAUCCUUUCAUAAAUCUAAAAACUUUGGCUUCAUUAAGUUUGUCUUGAUCAUUUAUUUUAUAAUAAUUGUCUAUUAAUUGAAAUUUACAUCUCUACCUUUCAUCUUUCUGGAAUGAAGUAGAAACUAACUAAUGUUUGUAGAACAGUUACAAAUGCAGAACAAAUUAUACUAUGCUGGAAUUUAACCAACGUUCAUUGUUGUAUUUUGAAACAGUUUUAUUUGCUUUUGGGUAUAUAUUAUAGGUUCUUCGCAAAUUCAAUCUUUUCACAAAAAGGCUGAUUUUACAAAUAGCCUAUUAUAUAUAAAUAUAAUAAAGUAUAACUAAAUUUUAAAAAAUGGACGUCUAGAAACAUGUAUAUUGUUGGAUAACUUUGAUAGAGAUAUCUGUACAAUCCAAAAAUUUGUAAUUUUAUUUUAUUUUUUUUUACCAACCCACACAAAUAUCUGUUGCUUAUUCCAACUCGGCACGAGAGUUCAAAAAUUUUCCGAAAUAUAAUAUACAGGGUUUAAGAUUCAUAAGAUGACUUUCAGGGAGUGGUCUUUGUUUUGGGCCGCUAUAAGAUAGGCAACUGCGCGACAGCAUUGCGUCUGAUAAUAUCCUCUAGUCCACGAUAUUUAAAUAAAAUAGAAUAAAAGAAAAGAAAAGCAAGAAGAAAAAACUUGCCACAUUUAUAAGAUUUUUGCAAUUUAAUACUUUGUUAUAUUAAAAUUUGCUUACUACAUGUGUCGAUUAAUUUUGAUAAAUAUAUAUAUUUCAAAUAUGUAUAUAAUUCACAUACGCACACGUAUGAUUUUUUUAAAAGCAUGUAAGAGAUUGUAUUUCAUACGCUCUACGUUCAUGGUCUACGCUUUAUUAUUUCUUCAUUUUACUCACUUGAACACUUCUUCAGAUAAAAUUAUGACGCAAUCUAUGUUGCUAAUAACAUUUUUACGCGGCAAAAUACGUUACAAUAAUGUGCGAAACAUUGAUUUGCAACUCUUAUUAAUCUUUAAUUAUCUUUAAUUUAAUUGUUAAUCUUUAACAAUUAAAUUACACCAGACAGGUUAUUUGUAUGUUCACGUUUAAAUAUAUUUUAAAGAAAUAACGAUAAUAUUCAGGGUUAUUCUUUUUAAAUAUUUCAAACUUGAACUCUCGUGUAUCACCUAUGCUAAAUUUUUGUCUUUGGACGCGAGGAGAUGCAGACUCUGGAAUUAUUGCGUUAUAACAAUAAACAUAUUUCUUAUUAUACAUGUUUAUAUUGCUUUCCAGAUAUAACCGCUAGUAUAUACUUUCUCCCGCUAUGUAUUGAUAAAGUACAUACAAUUUACUAUUAAAUUUCUAACUUCUUUUAAUAAAUUCUUAUUCUCAAGGAAUCAACUAUGUAAAGAAUUAGUAAGAGGAUGUGACUGAUAAAUAUUUAUUUUGCGUAAAAUUCAUUUCUAAUGCUUUGAGUUUUAAUCUCUUUGCAUUUUUUCUUUUUCUCCCUUUAUAUAUACUAUAUAAAGAUAUAUUAAUUAUUAUUUUUUUGUAUCGUUAAAAUAUGAUUUAAUUUCUCUCAAUAACAAUAAAAUUGCAUUUAAAUAUAUAAAAAAAAAAUGUGUUCAAAUGCUGGUAUGGAAAGAAAUCUAAAACUUAUACAAUGCAAACUGAUUUUGAGAUUUUUCAGAAACUAGAGAUGAAAGAAGUCUUGAUGCAAUAUAUGUUCUCACUGUCUGACAAAAAUAUUUUAUGCAUUUAAGAUAUAAAUGAAUCUGCUUCGUUAAAACUGAAAGAUAUAUGAAAAACAAUUUUUUCCCAAUUAUUUAUCGUCCAUAGCACAGAUAUUUUAAAAUAAAUUA